ACAUACACUUACAACAACGCAUAAAAGUUCGUUUGUUGUCGUCAAAGAUCUAUGUGUGCCUUUUUUUCUCUCUCUCUGUCUUCUCUUUCGUUUCUCUCUAUCUUUGGUUUACAGUAGAUUCCCGUACUACGAUCAGUCUCGUUGUUUUCACAAACGAUAGAGUCACACAGUGUGAUGUGCAUGCACAUCAAUUGAACUUGGAGCAAAAAAAAAAGAAAAACAAAACAGAGAGAAGCAUCCCAAGCCGAUACACUAAUGUGUUUGUAAUUCUCAGAAUAGUACCGUGCAUCAACACAAAAUCUACAAUACAUUCAGAAUCUCCUUUCACCAAAAUGGUGGCAAAAUACAUUUGGGGACUGCUAUUUUUAUGUUUAUUUGAAAUUAGUGAAGUUGUUUCAUUGGGUCAUAUGUUCCCAGUGGGCAAUAUAGUUCGAAAAGAAGGCGAAACUAUUGAAAUUAAUUGUACAAUAUCAUCAACCAAUCACACCAUUGAUGACUUGAAUUUUAUUUUCAAUGAACCAGGUGUUCGACAUGAAAUUAUCACAUUAAGUCAUAAUACGAAAAUGUUUCGAAUUAAUAAUGCACCGAUAAUGGAAGCAUACGUCGAUUGUAUGGCGGGUCAGUCAGGCAUUAAUCGAGUAACAAUUAAUGUUGGUACGCAACCAGCAAAAGUGAUAAAUUUCAAAUGUAGAUCAUACAAUUGGGAAAAUUUAACGUUCAACUUUGAACGACCUUUCAAUCCCGUACCUGUUAACUAUACAUUAUUAUAUGGCAUUGGCAUUGAAACUGGCAAGCUCAAAUUUCAAACACCGACACAUGCGUGCCGCUUAGUUCCAAAUUAUAAUCGAAAAUUCACAUGUACAAUUACAUUUGAAAAUGAGCCGCCCUAUCGACAAUCCUAUGACUAUUACUAUUUUCGACUGAUGGGCAACAAUGUAUUUGGGAAUAUAACUGAAGAUUUUACCAUUUAUCACUACAACAUAAUGGUGCCGAAUCCGCCGGAGAAUUUAAGCGAAACGAAUAUCACAUCAAAUUCAGUCAUUUUAAAUUGGAAAUUACCAGCACUUUUGCAGAAUUUCCCAAGACAAUUUGUGUACACGAUCAAUUAUACAGAUGAAUAUCAUAAAGAUCAAUGGAUAAAAUUGGGUCCAUUCAAAGAACCACAUAAGAAUGAACGUGAAGAGCACAAUAUGCAAAUGUCGCAUGCAUUAACCAAUUUACCAUAUGCCGAUACAUGGUACGAUUAUCGUAUAUCGUUUAAAGUCGAUGAUGCUGAAGAUAUACCGGAAAUGUGGUCAAAUUGUAAAUCUCAAAUAUUUAAAACGGAAUCACGAAUUCCCGAUAAACCGCCACUCACCGAUGUCGGUUCGUUUAGUUUAACGCCCAGCGGUCAUGUGUUCGUUUAUUGGAAAGAACUAUUGGAAUCAGAACACAACGGUGCAAAUUUGAAAUAUAUUAUAAUUGAUGCAAAUGACACGCCAUAUGUAUCGACUCGUUCAUUUGCCAAACUUGAGCAUCUCGAUGCAAAUGUUAUGACAAAACCAUUGAAUUUCCAUAUUCAUAGUGAAAACAAUGUGGGCCGUUCGAUAAAAUAUAGUACCGUGCAUAUACCAGCUGUUCAAGAUCGAUGUGAACCGCCGACGCUGAUCAAAAAAAUUCGAUUGGAUGCUCAAACGUAUAAUAUUUCGUGGAUGGCACCGAUUAAUGGUCCAAAAAUAACCAGCUACACGAUAUUCUGGUGCGAACCAAACAAUGAAUCGCCAAAUGAUUGCAAAGGUUCAAUUGAUUUUGCACAAAUUGGCAGUGAUGUGUUGAGCUAUCGUAUUGAAACAAAUAAUUCAAUGAACUUUGCCAUCUCGGCCAAUUCAAAAUUAUCAAGUUCAGGCAUGGUAUGGGCAAUGUGCACCGUUUUACCGGGAAAUGAAAUUAAUAAAUUAACUUCAAUUAUAACGGUUAAAGUGUUGGCCACAUCAAUUGAAUUCAAAUGGUCGUUAGCUUGUAUCGAUCGAACCAUUUUAACCGGUUACAUUUUGGAAUAUUGUUCGAUAAAAGAUCCAAAAACCGGUGAAUGCCAAGAAUCAGCGAAAAGUGUUAACAUUUCAGCCGAAGCAAAUGAAUAUAAAUUGGAAAAAUUGCAACCAUAUACAACGUACAGUGUACGUAUUCAAAUGUUAUCCGAAUAUUCAAAAGGUCCAUGGAGUGAACGACAAGUGAACACAACACUUGAGGCGGCACCAACACCGCCACGAAAUUUACGUGCACAUAAUGUGACCAAUUCAACUGUUGAAUUGACAUGGGAACAACCCGAGAUGUUAAAUGGCGUUAUAAAUCGUUAUACAGUUUCGUAUAAUGGUAAAAAAAUUGCUGUUAACAAGGACGAUGGAACACAGCAACCAUAUCUAUUAACUGGCUUAGAUAGUUUCACCGAAUAUGAAGUGGUUAUUAAUGCGUGUACAACGGAAUGUUCGGAAUCAAGUAAUGCCAUUAUGUUCAAUACAACAGUCGGUCGACCGGGAAUAAUUCAUCAACCAAAAGUGAUAAAUAAUGAAUUGCGUUGGGAAGCGCCAGCGAUAAAAGGUGGCCGUUUGGAAUAUUAUGAAUUGCAAGUGAUUUACACGAAUAAUGAUCGACAGGAACGAAUAAUCAAAAUAAAUGCUACCAAAUGUAAAUUUACCGAAGAUUUUCGAAAUAUUUUGGUUGGUAAAUUAGAUUUUUCGAUUCGAGCUGUAAACAUAUUGCAUUCAUCACAUUAUAAGGUUCCAAUUAACCAACGAAAUCGACGCGAUAUUACACAAAAAUACAUUGACAUUCAAUCCGAUCAUGCGAACGAUCAAAUUAAUUUAUUAAAACGACAUUCAAAUCUAGAAAUUGAUACCGAAUAUGCAUUCAAUCAUAAUUCAAAUGAAAAUGUCGAAAAGAUUCAUAUACCAAUUGAAACUGUGACAAAUGACGGUGUUUAUAAAAAUCAUAAUGACGUAUUCAAUGUGGAUUUAAGCCGAAUUAAAGUUUGCGAAGAAGAGAACGAUCCACAAUUAUUGAAUUAUUUAAAAUCUGACAAAUGGCCAACAUUGUUCGAAGGACCAUAUUCGGUGUCAUACACAUCGCAAUUUAAAAUCAAUUCCAAAUCAAGUGGCUACUAUUUUAUGCUUGUAUUUUUGUUUAUAAUUAGCAUGGCCUUUAUGUAUGGUACAUUCUUUGCAAUGAAAAAAUUGAAACGAAUGAAAGACAUUAGCGUCGUGCUGCCAGAAGGCUUAGAAGAUAUUAAGGAAGAAAGCAAAUCAAAACAUCUGGAAGGUGGAAUCACACGUGAAGAAUUAGGACGAACAAUUGAUUAUGUAACAAAUGAAUAUGAAAACGACCCAUUGGUUCGGUCACGCAUGGAAUCGUCAAGCACCAAUAGCAGCGAAAGCAACAGUCAAACUGAAUAUAAUGUGGGCAUCGAUAAUUCGAUUGAAUAUGAACAAAAUACCGGAGAUAACAGUCUUCAAUGCAGAGCUUCAGAUAAUCAGCAUAUGAACAAUAUUACUAAAAUGUGUCCGCCAACACCACUAAUUCCAGUGCAUCAAAGCCAUGAGAUUGAAAUUAUUCAAAAUCCAUCAUCUCCAUCACCAUUAUUACAAAUGUCAACAACACUUGAAAAUCAUCAGGUGCCUGAUUCGCAUGAUAAUCAUUUUGCUUCAAGGCAAAUAGUGUCAUCAUUAAAUACAUCAAAGUCAUCGCCACCACUACUCACAUCUAAUGGUUAUGUUACACACGAAGUCAUUUGUGGAAAGCCGACAGCAUCGUCUGGAUAUACACCGUGGAGUGCGGUCGAUGCGAGACAACGAACUGAACAACAAUCAAAACAAGCACUCACUGAAGAGAUGAAAGUGAAAACGCCGAACAUGACGUCAAACAUACAAGGCAUAUCAGGUUAUGUGACUCACAAGCAGCUGUCUGACUUCGGCCAAUUAAUGCAUUAAAUCUCAUUUGCGUCGAACUACACUUACUCUUAGAUAUACAAGACUUACAAACGAAAAUGAAACAAAAAAAAAUUCAUUGAGAAAAAAACGAAUAUUAAUAGAGAAUAAUAAUAAAUAUUUUUUACUUAUAAAUGCA